AUGGAAGAGACGGAUCAUAGCUCGCAGUCCUCUGCGCCGGCGACGCCUCAACUGGACCCCAAGACGGUCACCUUGGAGUCGCUCACGGCGCACCACAAGUACAUCAUCGACGCUCUCACUCAAGGGCCUGUGACUGAGAAGACCGACCUUGCGGCGCUCUACAACCUCAACGGCCCAAGUGCAGGAGGAGUCGACGCAACCCUGCUGAGAAACCUGACCCGAGUCAGUCGACCCAAUAUCAGAUGCUCUCUCGACAUCAAAGACGGUGCUAUGUACCCACCGAGUGAGGACAACGCCUACCAUGGCUACCGCCUUCACUUCAGCUUCAACAAGCUGCUCUACGCCCCUUGCGUUCGCCUUGAGUGCCACAUCAAGGACCACAUUCUCGCUCUCGAAUUCUCCUUCAAUGACUGUGGUUCUAAGCAGUUGUUCAACUUCAAUUGGCAAGACACCGACGAUGACCACGAGUCUAUCUCCUUCGAAGCAAAGGGAGCUACAUCUGAAGGCUUCAACAAGGUGGCAUCCUCUCUUCCCACAUUCAGUCCGGUUCAGAAGUCCAUCUACACCUUGCUCCAUGGCCUGAUCGACACACCAGUCGCCGAGCGUCUUCAGUUCCGAUUGCACGUCGCAGACUUGAAUGAAUUUAGCCGUCGAGACCUUCGGCAGCUGCGCAGUCUGCUACCGGGUGGCGAUGGACCUGACCUACCCUCGAUUGGAGUAGCAGAAUACAGCUGCUUCCCAGAUACUGUCGACGAGAUUUCAGAGAUGAUGCGGAGCCCUUGGCAGCUCAUAAACAGCUCUCACCCACCUCCUAUGGUCGCCCUACCAGCAGGUGAUACCUGCAGAUCGAUGAAGGAGUUUACGGUCCAGCAUGCAGUGUCCACGAGUGUGCAAUACUGGGAGUCAGCCACCGCAUUGCGGGAAUUUUCGAGGGGCAGACAUCGAGUCACGCUGUUCUCAUCCGAUGAGUACGCAGUCAUUGCAAUGACUUUUGGCGAGAUCCCAGAUCUAGACGACGUUGCUCGCGUGUCAAGGCCUCAAAUACGGUUACCUGGCGGACUCGAGAUCGAUGUCGAAUUUCACAUUCCCCAAUUCGGCACCAGGUCCUUCAAAGCGCAUCUGGAGUCGGAACCGCUGGGACUACCUGAGCACGACGCUUUCUUCAUCAUCGCAAAACAUACUCCUUCGUGGUUUGGUGACAAGAUUCACAAGGCCACGGACAGAGUAAGUUGGUACGCCGAUGUCAUAGAGGUCAAGCCGCACUUCAACAGCUUCCUGUUUGAUUCGCAGAUCAAGACCAUGGAGUUGUUACCGACAGACGCCUAUAAGAAAUGGCACCCCAUCGCUCUCAACCAGCUCCAUACUUCGAUUCCACAAAUUGAUGUUACUGCUGGACUCAAUGUCGCCCCGGACAAGCUUGCGGGCGCCUUGAAGUGGCUUCGGGAAUGCAAGCCAUGGAACAAGGGCCAGCUGGAACUCAUUGACUCUAUCCACCACACGAAGGGUAGACUUGCGCUUUGCUCUGGCAUCGCAGGCAGUGGCAAGACGGAGCUCUCUGUCGCCCUCGCAGUCUUUUGCGCCAUGAUAGGAGGCAAAGCCGUGGUCACUGGUACGGCUAACACAAACGCUGACGCCAUGGUCAAUGGGAUCGACGAGUACAAGGACGUCCUUGGCGAUAGAAAGCUGCGAGUCUACCGCAUCUACACUGGGUUGAGAAAAGUCCGACUAUCAGAGAUCAGUGCCCAACAGGCAUCCCAACGUCAGGCCGGACACCAAGACGGCAAUGUCACCAAUCUGAGCUCUCUCAAGUUCGAGAUGCUGGAGAAGAAGGCCAGGAAAAUCGGCGCCAUGCAGUGCUCUCUGUCUCAAGGUGUUCUUGAUGAAGCCGAGAAAGGAGAUCUUUCGAGGAUCUCUAACCUGCACUACCGAAGCUUUUAUCGAGCGAGAGUCAACUGCUGGGACCUUUUUCGCUCCUGUUUAGAAGCUGACCGAAAAGGCGAGCUCGACUGGAAGGAUAGGAAGUCCACUGACAUGUACAACGCCGCCUUCCACGAGUGCAAGCGCCAUCUGCUCUCCCUCGCUCACAUCAUAGUCUGCACGAACGGCAACAGCAGAUCAGGGGAGUGUGAGAUCUUUGCAGAAGAAGCAAAGAAGCAGCAGAUCACCGCCCUAGCACUGCUAUUCGACGAAGUGGCAAAGGAGCUGGAGAUCUGCAUUUGGAAUGUGAUUACGGCCAGUCUUCCACGCUCCCCAGACCUAGUGGUCUUCUUUGGAGACGAGAAGCAAUUGCGGCCAGUUAAUACGUGUGCCAAGGAUCCGAUGGAGUUCAAUCCCUUCAACGACCGCCUGGACACACCCCUUUUCACCCGUCUCAUCGCACAGGGCUUUCCAUACGUCCAGCUUACCAUCCAGGAGCGCAUGCACUCGAGCCUCUCCCGGUUUCCCAGCAAGGAAUUCUAUGAUGGCCUCCUCACCGAUUCGCCAAAGGUACAGAGACCUCUCGAGGACGUCAAGCCAGGCCUGACCAAAGUCCUCCACAAUAUCAUCGCGAAUUCGAUGCGCGACACCUCCGAACGUGACAGCUAUCUCGAAAAGGCCACGGACGACCAAGCUCGUCUGCACUACAUCGAGAUGCCGGCCGGUGAUGUAUUCAUGGACGACAAGCUGUCAGUUGUCGUACCGGACCACGUCGAUGUGUUCUUCGAGCAGAUUCUGCCGGAGUUGCAAUCAUACUUUGGUGCUGAGCUGAAGGAUGAGGUGAUGCUCAUCGUGGCCUACGGAUGUGCUUUGAAGUGGUGCGAGCAACGCAUCUACAAGCUGAAGAAGCAGCAGAACCUCCCACACUCGCACUACCCCAAGGUCCUCACCAUCGACGCUGCUCAGGGCGAGGAAGCAACCAUGGUGCUCAUGGAUGGUUCGAUGCAAUACAGCGAGCUACCCAAAUUCCUGACUGACAAGGGACGAGCCAACACCGCCAUGACGCGAGCGAGAGAUGUCUUCUGGAUCCUCGGCGGUCCACUCCAUUCGAAAGCUCCUGACUACAACUCUUUCUCCUUUGCAGAAGAUGAGUCGUUCGUGAAGCUGAAGAGUGAGCUUCACAUGACGGGUCAGGUUCAUUGCUUCUACCCCAAGAAGCCGUACAAGCGGCCCGCCAUGACGCAGACGCAGAAGAAGAAUGUGCUUGCGAAGAAGAAGGGCCGCUUUUUCCCGCGGCGAUGA